CGGCACUUUUAUCAUGCACAAUUUGCAUCAAAAAAUCAUAUCAAUUUAAUUUAUAAGUAACGUAAUAAACAUUAUAAGCCAUUUUAAUGGCUUGAUAAGUCAUUUACUGGCUAAUUUGAGUUUGUAUAUAAUAUUUUUAGUUUAGAUAUAACCAAUUGAAUCAUGAGGGUUACUUUGUUAAAAACCGUAUCAAAUACUAUAGGAAAACGCUUUUUCGCCACCCAAAAUGUUAAAAAGGUAACGCACUGUAUAUUCGAUAUGGAUGGAUUACUUUUAGAUACAGAAACUGUUUACAAGAACAUGAUAACACAAAUAUGUGCUAAAUAUGGACACAAAUACACAGAGGAAUUGAUGAUGAAGGUGUUAGGUGGAACUGAGCAGAGACUAGCUGAGAUAUUAUGCAAAGACUUAAAACUUCCCAUAUCACCUAAAGAAUUUAGAGACGAGUUGCUGGUUUUGGGAGACACAAUGUUAGCUAAUGCACCUUUCCUUGAUGGUGCAGAAAGACUUAUUCGCCAUUUACAUAAAACUAAAGUACCUUUUGCGUUGGCCACAUCAUCCAGUGAGAGAUCAGUUCAGACUAAAGUAGCAGCUCAUAAGGAGGUCUUUGAAUACUUCCACCAUAUGGUGAUGGGAAGCUCAGAUCCAGAAGUCAAGUUUGGCAAACCCAACCCUGAUAUAUUUUUGGUGGCUGCAUCUAGGUUCCCGGAAAAACCUAAACCAGAAAAGUGCCUUGUAUUUGAGGAUUCACCCCACGGUGUGACAGCGGGUAUCUCAGCAGGGAUGCAAGUUGUGAUGGUGCCAGAUGCGCAUCUAGAUAAAAAGUUGACGAAACAUGCCACCAUUGUGUUGCCAACGCUUGCCAAGUUUCAACCAGAAAUAUUUGGAUUGCCGCCUUUUCAGUGAUUAAAAGUAGUGGAAAAGUUUCCUAGUUGUCUUCCUAAUUAAUUAGAAAAUAAAGGCAUAUAAUAGCAGUAUUGUACAAAAAUUAUAUUCAUAGAGCUUGUAAACGAAAGUGCAUAUUUUUUUUUCAGUCACAAAUCACAAUACUUUUAUUUUGUUAUUGUUGUAAAUAAGAAAUGUAAAUAAGUGUUA